AUGAACGCAAUAACAAUUGUGUGGAUUUUACCAUUCUGCAUAGUCCUGACAGUGCGCGCCACCCCAGCCAUUAGUUCGAACGAUAACACGAUACCCGCAAUCAAUCGGAAUCAAUUGGAGGAGAGUUUCCUUAGAAAGCUAAAUACCAAAUGCAGUCAACGAGACAAUCAUUCGUGUAUGAUGCUCAAGUUGAUUGUCUAUAUGAAUCGAAUAUUUAAGAAAUCGUCAAUAGACAUCAACGACAAGAUAAAAGUAACGCAAAACAGAGAUGUGUCAGAGAUACCAGAUGAUCCCGAAGAUGAUUUGCUGCUAGCACGCUCCAUAGAUUCGGAUGAUGAGACGUUAGGCUUAAUUGUGGCUAAUAAAUUAUGGAAAUUCCUACGUUCGCGAACGUUACGCUACAAAUUCAGUGACAAUGCGGACUUUGUAGUUUCCAGCGAGCCAAAGGGUAAUCUUAAUCUUGGCGUAUCGGUGAGUCCGAUAGAGGCGUUAGAAGAGGGACGUGGCAAAUCGAAAAACAUACUACCAUUACUAGUCUUAAUGGCUGGCAAGGCCGGUUUAGUAGGCGCAAUCAUAUUGAAGGGUCUUUUCCUAUUGGCUGGCAAAGCUUUGAUUGUCUCCAAAAUCGCUUUGCUGCUAUCGGUGAUUAUAGCCUUAAAGAAAUUGUUAUCGCAAAAGAAACAUGUUGUUGAAGUGCCACAUCACGACAGUUACAGUUCAGGCUGGGCUCGAGCCCUGGAUGGCUUCAUUGAAGGUAUGGCUGACGUACCAGGCCAUCUACUGGCGCAAGAGGCUCAAGAUUUGGCUUUUGCUGCACAAAAGCCACAAACAUUGUAAUAUGAAUCCUUUGCGCAAACGGACACACACACAUUGAAUAGGUUUUUAAAUCAAAAAAUAUUUUCAAAUACUUUUUCUUCGAUUCCUUUCUCAAAUUUCAAUUAAACUAAUUAAAUUAUUGUUUUUAUUGUUGUUAUGAAUAUCUCUACACUAACAAAAAUCGUAAAUUUCUUCUGAUGCGUUAAACAAAGCGGUUUAGGUUUUCACAUACAUACAUGCAUGCAUAACAUACAUCUACAUAU